AUGAUCACUUCUCACCAGAACGGAGGACCCGGAUAUGUAACAGAGGACCCAAUGGGGCCUGUAAAUGGCACGGAGGGUCCUGGGAGUGGAGCCAAGCUGCAGCAGAGAGAGAGGGCUGUGGAUUUCCCCCCUGGGGACAGGGUGGUGGGGACUGUUAGCAGCAUGGUGCAGGGUUCCCGCUGCAGCGCCCAGAUGGAGAGGAUGCAGCAGUACCAGGAAGAGCUGAGGAGGAAGCGGGAGGAGGACGCCAACAAAGGGAAGCAUGAAAUCGAUCUCAACGCCUCGCUCAGGCUCAAGAAGUUGGCCCAGAACCCAGCCAAGACGGGUAUCGACAACCCCACGUUCGAAUUAAUGAAGGGAGGGGGAGGCGAGGGGGGAGUUAGAGCACUGAUUAUGCUUUUGGAGCUGGAAGAUCUGCUGGAGGCCCUACGACGGGUGCAGAGCUGCCUAGUGGACACCCAAUCGCAGGCCGACGUGGCUCUGGUGCUGGGCAUGCUGCACAAGGAGGACUUCCAGAGCGCCUUCACCACCCACAGUGCCGUGACCCAGCAGAUGCAGCCCCGCGGCAGCCCGCCCUUGCCCCUCACCGCCCAGGCCCAGGGCCUCUGCCUGGAGGUGCAAUCCAUCCUCCAGUCCAGUCAACAUAAAGAGGGUGUAGAGCUCAGUAACCUACUCACCACUCCCCACCUCCAGGCUCUGAUACAGGCCCAUGACAGGGUGGCAGAGCAGGAGUUGGAGCCGGACCCAGAAGAGAGUGUGAUUCAGUACAUGGGAGAGACCGUCAAACUGGUGCGGCUGGAGAAGGCCGGUGACAUGCCUCUGGGAGCCACAGUUCGUAACGAGAUGGACAGCGUGGUGGUGAGUCGCGUGGUGAAGGGCGGGACAGCCGAGCGGAGCGGACUACUGGCCGAGGGAGAUGAGAUCCUGCAGAUCAACGGCGUGCCCGUCCGUGGGAAAAACGUCAAUGAGGUCCAUGACCUUCUGACGGAGAUGCAUGGCACUUUGACCUUCCUUCUCAUCCCCAGCUCUCAGAAGAAAACUCCCCCACACAGAGAGACGGUGAUGCACGUGAGGGCGUAUUUUAACUACGACCCGUCUGAUGACCCGUACGUGCCGUGCAGGGAGCUGGGCCUUUCCUUCCGGAAGGGAGACAUCCUCCACAUUAUCAGCCAGGACGACCCCAACUGGUGGCAGGCCUACCGGGAGGGAGAUGAGGACAACCAGCCCCUAGCCGGGCUAGUACCAGGGAAGAGCUUCCAGCAGCAGAGAGAAGCUAUGAAGAAAACCAUUGUGGACAGGAAUCCUGACAGCCCAGGGAAGCUUUGGUGUUCAAAGAAGAACAAAAAGCAGAGGAAGAAAACCAUGUACAACCCCAGCAGCAACGUCGACUCCUCCUCCGAUGACAUCCUGACCUAUGAUGAGAUGGCGCUCUACCACCAGCCGGCCAGUCGCAAGCGACCUAUUGCCCUGAUUGGUCCGCCCAACAGCGGGCAGGACGAGCUGCGGCGGAGGCUGCUGUCAAUCCAGCCGGACAGAUUCGCCAGCGCCGUGCCACAUACAACGAGAAGCCCACGGAUACAUGAGAAGAAUGGGAGGGAGUACCACUUUGUGAACCGUCUGGCGUUUGAGACGGACGACGCAGCAGGGAAGUUCAUCGAGUCUGGGGAGUAUGACAGGAACUUGUACGGCACCAGCAGUGAUUCGGUUCGACAGGUCAUCAACUCAGGCAGGAUCUGUCUGCUGUGCCUGCACACUAAGUCACUGCGGGUGCUGUGGUCCUCCAACCUCAAGCCCUAUGUGAUCUUCAUCGCUCCUCCCUCUCAGGAGCGGUUGCGCACCCUGCUGGCCAAGGAUGGCAAAAACCCAAAGCCAGAGGAACUGAAGGAGCUGAUGGAGAAGGCCUGGGAGAUGGAGCAGGCCUACGGCCACCUGUUUGACACCGCCAUCGUUAACAGCGAGCCAGAAACAGCCUUCCACGAGCUGCUACGGCUCAUUGACAAGUUGGACACAGAGCCCCAAUGGGUACCCUCCUCCUGGUUGUGCUAG